AUGGCCGAGCCAUGGGAGCUCGCGGUCGGGCCAACGCCUGUCGCGCGGACCGUCAAGGUGGCGCAGGACGCGGCCGAGCUCCACCGCGCGCACCGCGCGUCCAUGCACAGCGUCGAUGUCGAUCAUUUGCGCGAGAUUGGCGCCAGCACGCUCCACCUCGAGAGCCAAGGGCACAAGCUGACGAAAACCAAGAGCUCCACACGGCACAAGAAGCGCAUCGAGCACUCGUUCGAGCCGCCGCCAACCGAGCACGACGGCGCGCUACACAAAUCCGAGCUCGACCAAAUUCUCAUGGCCGAGGAGUGGGACACGCGAUUUUGGAACACGGUCAAGAUCUACGAAGCUAUUCAGACGCUGUACAUUGAAGUCGAGCGCGGCGUCGAUCCGCGGCGGCGCGACCUCGCGAUACAAAUGCUCUUGCACCUCAACAAGCUGCACCCUGAGGCGUAUGCGUACAACGACAACAACUUGCCGAUGCUCACCAACAAGGCGUUUACAAAGCUCUCGGCGACGACAAAUGCCACGCACAUCUUCAACAUGGCCGAGCUCGUCGCGAUCUUUACGGGCGCAUACCCGAUCGAGCUCGCCAAUGAAAACGCGGUGCUCCGCGCGCUGCACUGCGUCUUGCGCCGCAUGGACUGCGCGGCGCGCGUUCUGCAGCACGCCCGGCGACGCCUCGUGUUUGAGCGAAGCCUUCGCCGGCGCGAGAUCUCGUUGGAAGCGCGGCUGCGCGCCCGUGCCGUCAACUUGGCCAAGACGAUGGACCUCCAGCGACAGCAAAAGGAGAUCCGCGCUGCGCACCACGGAGCGUCGCUGCCGCCGCGGGCCCAGCUGGCCUACAUGCGCAUCGUUUGGGCGCUGGUGCAAUAUGAGUUCGACCACCGAAACGACGCAGGCCGGCAAGAUUUCCGCAAAUUGCACCACACGGGCGCGAUCGUCUGGCUCGUUCAGUGCGUCCGGCAACGUACCGACCGCGAGCUCGAGCUCAUGGCGCUGCGUCUCUUUACGAUCCUCGCCCACGACAAGGACCGCAUUGGCGACGUCCUGCUCUCGAACAUUGUCGGAUACAUUGCCGACAACUUGAUCGCCACCGAUCUGCGGGGGGUAGGGUCCGACACCACGACGACAGCGUCCCUGGCCUUUCUCGAUGCUGCGUGCAAGAGCAUGAGUGCCAUGGUGCUGCAGCUGACGCGACCGCGCGGCGUUGAAAAGAAAGCUUCGCGACUGCGAUCCACGCGCCGAUCAGUCCUUACAACUGCCUCCGCCACGACCAGCAAUAGCAAUAGCACUAGCAAUGGCACGUCGGUCGACGACGAAGACGCUGCGUUUCUCAAUCGCGCGCUCCCCGCGAUCAUUGCCGAGCGUGUGGUCGCCCCGCGCACCUUUCAGAGUCUCUUGCGGCUCGUGGGGCACCCGGCGCUGACCCUCCCGGCCCUCGAGGUAUUGCACAAGAUGGCGCACGCGAGCAUUGGGUACUUGGCGCUCGUCGAUGUUGUGACGCGCAACGCCGGCCGAUACCUCGAGGCCAUCGUGGGCUGCCUCACGAGCGAGGAGCUCGCGAUUGGUCUCGCGUCGCUUCAGCUGCUUUUUGCACUCGGUGCGACGGACGAAGGCCGGGACGCGCUCACAACGGCAGGGCUUGUGCUGCUGGUGACGCCACUGUGUGGGCCUGGGUUUCGCCGCUCCGGCAACAGUUACCGCUUUGUGCUGGGGCUCCUUGUCAUCACGAGCCUCGCGUCGCCGUCGCCGCUGAGCUUUGGUCCGUCGGCCGACAGCCUCGAGAUGGUCUUGGCGCUGCCGCCGCCUGCGCUGCUGAACUUUACAUUUGACUUUCUCUUGCUCGCGUGCGCGGAUAAUGACGACGGGCGCGUCGGCGUCUACCUCGUGCGCACGAACGCGCUCGAGGUGGUCCUCGAAGUGCUCGUACAGCCGCUCCAGACCAACGCGCACCCGCAGACGCGCUACCAGCGGCACGCGAGCACGGUCAUUUUGGCGAGUUUGACGCGGGUCAAGGCGAUUGCGGCGCGGCUUGCGUUUCGAGACGACGUGCUGCGCCACGUUGCGCUCGUGCUCCAGACCAACCGCAUGGACGAGGUUGACCACGGUCUCUUGCCGCACGAAAUGCAGUUGCAUCUGCAGAGCACGGCGGCCGCCAUGCGCGCGCUUCUCCGCUGUCUGCGUGUGCAGAUGCAGCCGCAUCUCGGCCCGAGCCUGCUCGUGGCAGCGCAGGUCAGCAUUGCGCAGACGUUGCUGAAGAUCCACGCGAUCGAAGAUGUCGUUGCGUACAUACGGCCGCCCAAUCUGGUCUGUGACUGUGUUGCCGCCGACACGGACGCGGUCAAGAGCGCGCUGCAGCUCGUCGGGCUCGUUUGGAUCUCCGCCGCGCGACGUGGUGCUAACGCUCGAGACGCUCCAAGCGCUCUGCACACGGCUCAUCGAAGGGUGAUCUCUGAGAGUAUCAUCAAGAGAGGAUCACGACGCCCAUGUAGGGCGGCGACCGCGGUGUUGCGCACGCUCGCGUCCGAUGAGCCGUUGCCGCGCGUUCUCAAGUGGUGCUGCAAGACCCUCUCGCAGCUCGCGUGCACGAAUGCAUCGGCGUCGCUACUGCUGAGCUACCGCUGCAUGGACGUGGCGUCCACGCUCGUGCCCAACGUCCCGAGCAGUCUCCCGGACGCCUCGGGGGUGCGUACCACGAACGUGACGGCCACCAGCGUCCACGAUGAAAAGCUGCUCGCGCUGCCAUCGACGUUUUAUACGCUUGUCGCGACACUCUGCCGCGUGCCGGAGGGCCGCGCCGCGGUCGCCAAGCUCAACAUGCUCCCGCGCAUCUUGAAGCGCCUGCAUUUGCAAAGCGAGUCAACCAAGCAAGACGAGUGGUGCCGCACGGAGCUGAUGCGGCUUGUCCACGCCAUGGCGCACACCAAUGCGAUCGGCCUCGGGAACGUCAACGAGCUCUUCUUGCGCCACCACGUCCACUCGGUCGCUAUCGUGAUGCUCGAGUCAACGCCGAGCUUUGUGUCAACAGCCGUCAUGCACGAGCAAGCGAUGGGCGCACUAGGCGCGUUGGCCCUCGACCACAUGCGCUGCAUCCCGCCGCUCCUGUCCGUCGGUGUCCUCAAGCACUGCGCGGCCUUGCUAACGACGUACCGCGACCACGAGCCGUCGUGUUCCCUGCCUGCGCUGGAGAGCGCGCUGCAGAUCGUUCUCGGCAUUGCCUUGGUCCCGUCCGACACGGUGCAAGCGGCGCUCGCCAAUGCAAACGUCCAAGACGACCUGCUUCGCAUUGGCUGUUCGUUCCACUUGGAGAUGCAAAAAGCCAAAAUCACAUCCCGCGGCGCCAAGUCCCUCGGCGAAAUGGCGCGCGAAACGCUGCGGCACAUGGGGGACUACGCCAAGAAGACCCAAGCCUACGAGCAGCGGCUGAAGCAGUCGCUUGGCCAAGAGAGUCCGCCGCGACGAUCCCCAAGCAAACAAUCGCCACAGCAUGCCAUGAGUCCAGAAGGGCGCAGCGUGAGUCUUCCUGCCCUACUCGAUAUGAACCAUACGAGUCGAUCGCCGCUCGAGCUCCCGCACCCUGUGAGAAACAACCCGAGCCGCCCCACGUCGCCGCUGCAAGCCAGUAAUGCGGUGCCCAGCCUCGUACCAAGCAGUGAUUUGCGGCACACGCGACCGCCGGGGCCGUGUCCGACGCCCGACAAGCCGACUGCAACGACCGACAAGCCGGUCGUCAAGAAGAGUGACGAGCCGUACCGCUUCAGUCGACCCAAGGCGGCCGAGGCCCGAAAGUACCCCUUCUUGUUGCUCGACCCGCUCUUUGGCGCCGUUGAUAUGGGCGUCGAUCCAAGCGUGCCAGGCCUUGCGCUGCGAAAAGCAACGAGUUUGCCCAAGGCGCGCCAGCUUCCGCCACAUGCCAGCGCGGUGCUCGGCCACUGUGUCGAGCUUCGAGCGUCGCCAGAGGCCAAGCAAGUGCGCCUCGAAGCGCGCAUCCUGAGUGCCAAGCACAAGCCAAAGCACUAAGAUCUAGUACAAAGAAUACCAAGUCCCGUCCAUCGAACAAUAAGAUCUACC